UAUAAAUCCAAACACUAGGUCACGCCGCAGCUGUGGUUACUCGCAGAUGCAUUCUCCCAUCUUCGUUCGUUUCCCUCCCUCUUAUUUCCUCUGAUUUGGUAGCAGAGGUUGCCGAAGAAGGGAAUGGGGAAGACGGCGAAGGGAUCGCGGAAGGGGAAGAAGGCAUGGAGGACCGAUAUCACCACCAACCACAUCGACGAUUACUUCGACGAGUCCAUCAGGGACGCCUUCACCGGCAAGGCUUCCGAGACGAAAUCCACUGACAAAAUUCCUGUGAAAAGAAAAAUUGAGAAACACAAGAAAAAAGUUCUCCAUUAUGAUAGCUUGCUUCAGAAAAAUCCUUUUGUCCAAGCUGUUCCAUCGUCUUCUUCAAAAAAAUCAAAGCGGAAAAAGAAACAAGUGAACACACAAAUAAUAGAGACUGACAAAUCUUCACAGGUAGAUGAUAUAACUUCCACUCUAACUGACAUAUGGAAUAAUGAAGGUCAAGCAACUGACAUGCCUAAAAAGAAACAGAAGUCAUCUAUCAUUCAAGCUGUCGAAGUGGAACCACUGGGUUGUUCAUUUAAUCCUUCAUUUGAGGCUCAUCAAGAUUCAUUUUCUCUAGCUGUUGUCAGUGAGAUGCAGAAAAUUUACAGAAAAGAAUUGGGUCCUCAAGCUGUACCAAAAACAGUUCCAGGUGAAGCAAUUGCAGAUGAAGAUGUGAGCAUGACAAAUCUCUCUUAAUUGUUCAUAUUAUACA